AUGACGGCCUCUGGGCAACCUUCCCUUAAUGGAACUGAUACCGAACCGUUUCCCAGUCUUAACAAUGCAUCACCUACCAAUGUCGACACCGACCCGUCAAAUAUCAAUAAUCGUCCAGCGGCAUCUUCAUCUCUGAGCGGUCGUCUUCGUAGGGUUUCUCAAAGUUUCGAAGUUUCCGACCCUCCGGAGGGUUUUAUGGCUGCUACAGGAACCAUCGCAUCAUCAAUCUUCUCGCGACAAACGGUGGCCCGCAGACCCUCAGAGCCCUCGAUACCGAUGCAAACAGGCCAGUCCUUCGGGACUACUCCCAGGCAGAACACAAUCCCCGCCGUCAACGAAGAGGCGCCCGAGGAAAAAGCCAGUACAAGUGUAGCAUCUCCUAGACGAAACUUCACUGGGGAGCCAGCCGCUGCGGCCCCUUUUGACAAUGGGUAUCACUUCCCGCCCAAACAUUCGCCAGGCCAGUCUACAAAGCUCGGCUUGAUUGCGUUCUGGAACUAUGUCAGAACCCCUACAGGUUUUCUUGUUACUGUUUAUGGCCUUAACGUCGUGGCCUGGGGCGGCAUGCUUUUCUUACUGCUCUGGCAAGUAUUCUAUGCCGUAUUCCUCAAUGCUUCACCAGCAAUGUGCGUUCCCACAUGCAACGACAUCAACUCACCCAGACGCAAAUGGAUAGAGUGGGAUUCCCAAAUUCUGAAUGCUCUCUUUUGUGUCACUGGGUUUGGACUUGCCCCUUGGCGCUUUCGCGACAUGUAUUUCCUUCUCCAAUAUCGAGUCCAGAAGAAGGAAGUUGCACUCCGGCGCUUGGCAGGCAUUCAUCGAGGAUGGUUCCGUCUUCCAGGAUCUGAUCAGCUUGACCCUCAGAUAGGGCCCCAUAAUAUCUCCGCAUCGCCUGAUCUCAGCUCGUCACUUGCCUGUCCGUUUCCCCCAGACAAGAUUCCCGAUGCUCCCCUGACAGGAGUCCGGGCCCCGCCUACUCCCAUCACAAGAAUGGAUGCUGUCAUAUGGUUGAUGGUAUGGAAUACUUUCCUGCAGUGCGUUCUAUCGGGCUUUAUGUGGGGGUUGAACCGUUACGAUCGUCCCAGUUGGUCCACGGGUCUCUUUGUCGCGCUCGCUUGUAUUGUCGCCGCUUUAGGUGGUAUUGUGAUGUUCAUAGAAGGGAAGAAGGUAAAGGGCAUUGAAGGGGUACCUAUCAGUGAAGAAGACCAAAAGCUGUUACAGGAGGAUCGAGAACGCGGUGUAUGGCACUACAACAACAUCAAGGACAAAGACUUGGCUGCCGAAGAGGCCAAGAAGAAGAAGAAGGACAAGAAAUGA